AUGGAAACGUACUACGGCUUCGUGCGGACCCCCGCAGACGCCAUCAAGCUCUUCGAAGCUUGCCGGUUGGGUCUAUUACCCCGAGUCCAGCGAAGGUUAUCGGAGAAGGAACGCCAAUCUAUCAGGUCGGGCUCAGUUUUCGUUUGGGACGAGCGGGAAGCGGGAAUGCGGCGAUGGACCGACGGGAAAUCGUGGAGUGCCAGCCGCGUCUCCGGUAGUUUCCUCACCUAUCGGGAGAUGGAGGGCAAGCGAGGAAGCGGUUUUGGGGGCAGCAGGAGAGGUACUGGUAAAACCCCCGACUCUGGCCGCGGUAGCGACGAGGACCAUGACGAGGGAGAGCCGGAUGGGUACAGAUACAAAGCGGAUGGGCUUAUGAAGCAGUCCUUCAGCAUCACUACUUCGACCGGGCAGCACCUGCAUCUGAUCUCCUACUACUCGAGGCCGCAUCCGGGCCAACCAGACCUGCCUCAGCCUAGCACAGAUCCAUCGCUGCGACACAUCGUGCCGGUCAAGGGCAUGUACCCAGAGUCGAGCAUGAACGAGACCCCGGUGCCAGCUCUCACGCGGACACCCAUGCAACAACCACCUUACGUUGCGCCGCAACACCAAGCAGCACCACCACAACAACCGCCGCCGCCGCCUCAGGCUUAUCCGCCACAGUACGUCCAGCCAGGUUAUUCUUGGCCCCCCUCGCCCGUAGCGACACCGCCCUACAGCCACGGACAUUACACGCACUCUCAGCAUUCUCAGCACCCCCAGCACCCUCAGCACUCUCAGCGCCCUCAGCACUCGCAGCGCCCUCAGCAUCCCCAACACCCCCAGCACCCCCAACACCCUCACUAUCCGCCGCCUCAGCAAUCCAUAUACCCUACGGCGCCGACGAACCCGCACUACGAUCGAACACCUCUGCCACCACCGCAAGCAACCGGCCCUCCCCAACCAAAGGCUGGCAUGCCAUUGGCGUCUCACAUGUAUGCUGCGCACCAACCGAGGGUUGGUCCUCUUGAUUCUCCAGGCUCAAGACACCUGCAGCCGCAGGCAAGGGAGGCGGCUUACGUUGAUCCGCGACUCGCAGGUGCUGGCUCAAGGAAUGUACAAGGGCCGCUUCCGGCGCCCAGCCAAUCACAGAACGCGCCGUCUAUGGCUACUCCGCCGCCUAGAGGUUUGUCCGUAUCUCCGCCACGGAGCUCGCACUCGGAAGUGAGCGGCGUCAUCGGCGCCCCCCCCAACACCAACAAGGCCAGCCUCUCGGCCUUGCUACUGCAUCCCACACCAGUAAAUUCGGAACCAAACAGCGCAAACCCGGGAAACAACAGCGCCAAUAGCUCCCCGAGAGCUGGUAUGGGGCCCUCAGGCAGCAGCAUCGCAGGGAUGUCGCAGUCUCAACAGAAGCGACAAUUCUUAGAGGACGCACGCGCCUUGCAGGUCUUGGACAAGAAGUUCUGCAUCUAA